GGCUGUCUAAUCGCGUCUGGGUGGCCGGCGGCGGGCGCCCCGCGAGCCUCAAUGGGCGCGGGCGGCGCCCGAGCUAGUCGCGCCACAAGCCCCGGAGGGGCCACACGUGUCCUCGUCCCCGCCACGCGACUUAUGUAACCAUCCACACGGUCUCCACCUUCAGUCAAAAAUCUGACCUGACAACAAUUAUUUAAGUCAAACAACAAAUCGAACGAAGCGCCUUCAACCGAUACUAUCAAUUACAAGUAGUUAGCAUAAGAUAUAGUUAGUGAACACAAGUGCCAAGCGUGGAUAGCGUAGUUUUAGCUAGUUAAAGUAUCGUGUAGUAAGUCGUGAGUGCGUGGUGCGGCGGAGCUCGUGCGGGCGUCGAUGCGUCGGUAGUCCAGGGUGUGAAGUCCAGAAUCAAGAUUGAGGUGGUGGCCGGGUGCGGUUGGGGCCGGCGGGCGCGCGUGAGGCCACUGCACGCGCUAGGCCGCGCGGCCGGCAUGUUGGCCUCGCAGCGGUCGCAGUCGUGCAACGAGGAGGGCGCGUUCUUCGGGGCGCGCGCGCUGCGCAGGCCGCGCGGCAAGGGCAGCGGCAGCCCGCCCUGCUAGGGGUACGCCAUGUCGCUGCGCAGUCUGCACCGGCGGCUAUCAUCCGCCAAUAACACAUGCGAGGAUGGUGGAGGCGGCGCUGCGACAGGCACGGGCGGGCGGGCGGCGUCGCUGCGGCUCGCCAACGGGCGGGUGGCGGCUCAGUCGGCGGAACAGCUGCCGCACUCGCCGGCCGACUGCGCGUCCGUGCGCAUAUCCAUCGACAACACCAACACCUGCUGCACCGACUCGCUUGUCACCGCCCUCGACGACGAGACGCUACUGCUCGGCGACGCCGAUAUGGCCCUAAAGCAGGGCAGCGGCACCGGCAAAGUCCACUUCGGUGGUUUGGACGAUGUGUCCCUGUACGGCACGCCAGUGGAGCCCGCCCCACCGGUGUCCGACGCCAAGCAGGGCUUCCUGCGGAACCAGCUCCAGGCACUCUUCCAGCCCACCGACAACAAGCUCGCCAUGAAACUCUUCGGCUCCAAGAAGGCCCUGAUGAAGGAGCGCAUCAGGCAGAAGGCGGCUGGCCACUGGGUCAUACAUCCUUGCAGUAGCUUCAGAUUCUACUGGGACCUGUGUAUGCUGCUGCUCCUGGUGGCCAACCUGAUCAUCCUGCCCGUCGCCAUCUCUUUCUUCAACGACGACCUCAGCACGCGCUGGAUAGCCUUCAACUGUCUCUCGGACACAAUUUUCCUUAUAGAUAUCGUUGUUAAUUUUAGGACAGGAAUAAUGCAGCAAGAUAAUGCAGAACAAGUGAUAUUAGAUCCCAAGUUAAUAGCGAAGCACUAUUUGAGGACAUGGUUCUUCCUUGACCUCAUCUCUAGUAUACCACUAGAUUAUAUAUUCUUGAUCUUCAAUCAGGACUUUAGUGAAAGCUUUCAAAUUCUUCACGCGGGUCGUGCACUAAGGAUACUCCGGUUAGCCAAGCUGCUGUCCCUGGUGCGGCUGCUGCGGCUGUCCAGGCUGGUCCGCUAUGUCUCGCAAUGGGAGGAAGUAUAUAUGAGCCCCGCUCCGCAGCCGCGCGCCGCGCCGAGCGACGCCGAGAGCACCGGCUCGCGCGACCUCGUCACGCAGAUCUUGCAGAAUCUUCAAAAAAAGCGCACGGAACGAAGGGGACGUCUCAGCUCCGACGUUGCCAAAAAGAAGGGUCACACCAAAAGCAAUCUGAUCUUCAAGUUCCUCAACAUGGCAUCGGUGUUCAUGCGGAUAUUCAACUUAAUCUGCAUGAUGUUGUUGAUCGGCCACUGGUCCGGAUGCCUUCAAUUCCUGGUUCCUAUGUUGCAAGGGUUCCCGGCGAACUCUUGGGUUGCAAUAAACGAAUUGCAGGAUUCAUUCUGGCUAGAACAGUACUCGUGGGCACUGUUUAAGGCCAUGUCACACAUGCUGUGCAUCGGGUACGGACGGUUCCCGCCGCAGUCACUUACCGACAUGUGGCUCACGAUGCUGUCCAUGAUCUCGGGCGCCACCUGCUACGCUCUCUUCCUCGGCCACGCCACCAAUCUCAUCCAGUCCCUCGACUCUUCCCGCAGACAAUACAGAGAAAAGGUGAAACAAGUAGAAGAAUACAUGGCUUACCGAAAAUUGCCGCGUGAGAUGAGACAGCGCAUCACGGAAUACUUCGAGCACCGGUAUCAGGGCAAGUUCUUCGACGAGGAGGUGAUUCUUGGCGAACUGAGCGAGAAGCUCCGAGAAGACGUAAUCAACUACAACUGCAGAUCAUUGGUGGCCUCUGUGCCCUUCUUCGCAAACGCAGAUUCCAACUUCGUGUCCGACGUCGUCACUAAGCUACGUUACGAAGUCUUCCAACCUGGCGAUAUCAUCAUAAAAGAAGGAACAAUUGGAAACAAGAUGUACUUCAUACAAGAAGGAAUAGUAGAUAUAGUAAUGGCGAACGGCGAAGUAGCAACAAGCCUUUCCGACGGGUCAUACUUCGGGGAGAUCUGUUUGCUGACCAACGCGCGGCGGGUGGCGUCCGUCCGCGCGGAAACAUACUGCAACCUGUUCUCGCUGUCCGUGGACCACUUCAACGCCGUGCUCGACCAGUACCCGCUCAUGCGGCGCACGAUGGAGAGCGUGGCCGCCGAGCGGCUCAACAAGAUCGGCAAGAACCCCAACCUCGUCGCGCACCGCGAGGACGACACCACGUCGGAGGGGAACACGAUCAACGCGGUGGUGAACGCGCUGGCGGCCGAGGCCGAGCACGUCAGCCUGUCGGACGACAGCGUGGCGCGGCUGUCGGAGCGCUCGCUGGGGCUGGCAUUGCAGCCGCUGCAGGCGGCGUCGUGCCGCAUGGCGGGCGUGGCGCUGCCCGGCCUGGGCGUGGCGGCGGCGUUGCCGCGGCCCAAGUCCGAGCACGACUUCAGCUCCGCGCAGCAGACGCAGCUCACGUCCGCCUCCGCCGCCUUCCACAAGUCCGACGCCGGCAUAGCGCCCUGACGCCGCACCGUCUGCUAGGGGCCCGCGGGCCGCCGAGCGCCGACCGAUAGCAAUACUAGGCUUAGUGCGAGCCGACACUCGCUAGUUGUAGCGUAGACACGAGUAUUAUAGCUGCGACUUCGCCGGGCGCGCCCGCGAGGCGCCGCCCGCUGAAUCUCAUUUUGUGAUCUUAUACUUAAUUCUCCUGUGUUAUAAUUUAGGUUAAAUUUUAUAUCAUUGACGCUGUGAGGAAUCGGCAAAUACGCGACGUAUUCCGAUUGUAUAGAUAUACCUGUUAUAUAUUGAAGAAUGAUACUAUUGAAUCUUUAUAGAGAUACCUUGCCAUUAAAAGAGAAAAUAAUUAUAUAGACUAGACUGAGAUGUAAAGAUAUCACUAUUUUAUGCUUUGUUGACGUAUAAAAUAGACCUCUAUUGUUGACGGAUGCCGAAUAUACGGUGGAAAGCGAACGUUCAAAGUGUAUAAAACGUUCUUGUUGUUCACGAUUCGGAGAUGAUUAUAUAGGAUUUGAAGUUGUUUAUAAAUAUAAAUAGCUCACGAAACGACCGGAGGGCCGCAGAAGUCUUGCGGGCUUCGGAAGCCUCGGAGCCUCACGCGCGAUUCCAAUAAGCACACACUUUGCUUUCUUCAUUUUAAUUAUAAGUAGUCAUAUCUACCGAUAAUCGAUAUAAUUAGCGCAAGACAAUUCUCUCGGUUUCCUAAUUAGAGGUGAAUCAGUAGCGCUUCGGAUAUUUUCGAGAUCCUUUCUUUAUGUAAAUAUUGUAUUACCGAGGAUUCGCCUUUAGCGCGGUUUGUUUUGAGGGAGGACCGGAGGGGUGGGACGGGAGCGCCGAGCGGCGGCCCAGUCAAUUAUUCGGUGCGAUCGCGACGCCGCACUUCGGGCCCGGACUUGAGUGCUUAGCCAGGGAGGACAAUAAAGACACCUUUUAAUCGCCUUCAUUGCUAAUCGACAGCAUUCGGCAACCUUUAAUUUGUGCGUUACGCGUCACGCGGUAUGAUCGCCGCUUGCGUAAUACCACCAUAAGUAUUGAUUAACCGCUUCAACAACCAUAAGCCUUUCUGACUAAAAACAGUAGUGAUCUUGGAAGUCCCUUUGCAAUGCUGCACUUGGAUGUCGCCACUUUUUGUUAUCUUUUUUUCAAUAAUACGCACUGUUAUUGUAGCAUUGACACACUGAUCGAACACAAAGAAAUAUUUUGUGAUUAAUUGCGGUCGUGGUUUUUAUAUAAAUAAUUCAUUAGUACUUACAUAGAUACAAUAACUACUUAUUGUUGCGUAACGCAAUAAUAAAUAGGCACUAUUUAUUUCAAUCAUCGCAAAGAAAAACUUCGAAGACAUUACUGUUCACUAACAGCGACUAACCAUACCACUCGUAUAUUGGAUGGACUCGUAUAAUGUAAAGUAAGAACUCUAAGACGCCGUAUCAGGAACAGAUAUUGCUAUACUGCCUCAAUAGAAGCGGAUAUCGGCAAAAUGUCUAAAUACAUCUUUAUCUUUAGGUACCUAAUUAAAUAAAAUUAAACAAACAAUUUGUAAAUUUUCGGGUAGUUAGAGUCACACCAAACAAAGUCUGCAGCGGAUUUGAUAGCCCACACAGUGUUAGUGUUAUGGAUACGUCAUAAUUUCAUAGAAGUUUGACGUUUAAAAUAACACUUGCACUGCGUGGGCUAUCAAAAUCGCUGCAGACUUUUUACGGUCUGACUAUAUAACAUUUAGGGUUAACCAACCAAAUACAAAAUCGCCUGGAUCUGUCACUGAACGACCUGACUUUAACCUACAUUAUUUCAUGUAAUGUUUUCAUCUACCCUCAACUGGCUUAAGAAGCCAUAUGAGGGUAGAUUUUGUUUACUCUUUUUUUAAAUACCUUAAAGAUACAGACUUAAUACAAUCAUAAAAUACAAGUUUUGGGCAACUUUCAUCGUAGAUACUUUUUAUGCCCCCGAGCAUAACAUCUAGGUAAUAUAUCAAAUGGAAAUCUCCAAGUAUCUCAAUUGCAACAGUUCCUUUCAAGAGCGGGCCCGUAGUCGCUCCCGGCGCGCCGCGGCCGUCGCCGGCGCAAUGCCUUCGCACUUCACAACUUGUUUUUAUUACUUCUAGGGUAAAUAAUUUAUUAUCGAUAGAGAUCAUUUCGUAGAAGUAAGUAGGCCGGAGCGAUAACAAAUUCGAUUGAACUACGUUUUGUGAUAUUCGUAGAGCAGCGAAAGCUGCUGCGCCACCCAGCCGCCGGCUCUGCGACCCAUCGGCACCAGUUGCGUAGGUAGUUCAAAUAGACUUAACUUGUGUAACAGUACAAGCAAAAAUCAACAAAUAUUGAAGACUGAAGUCGGGUGCCACAUCAUUGAUGUAGAUAUUGUAGAUGGUGCCACUUGCAAAAGGUUCAGGCAUAAAAGUUAAAAUUGAUCUGACUAUCGCAAUCUCUCAGUGAGCUGAAUAGAUGGCGUUGCGCAAAGUGGUGCCAUCUGCCAUUUUGGGCAUCCGAUUUUAUAUUGAGAUUAUCAGUCUUUUUUAUUUAUUUGCCUCUGAUAAUAGGCAAUUUGAUAAUCACAACAAAAGGGCUUAGAAGUGGGCGCUUACUGUCAUGUUUGCCAACCAAUAAAAUACAACGAUAUUCUGGCACAAGCGCUUGCUUUCUUCGCGCGUGAUCAUAUUUGGCGACUUUAGCAACGCGACAGCUCCCAGCGAUAGUAACGGGACUGGAUAGUGUGUUUAAUCGCCCAAUGAGAACACGCAAAGUCCCUUUUAUUGUGAAUUGUAAGUACGUGGAACUCUAGGAAUUGCUUAGAACUUGGACGCUGUUUUUUUGCUGACAACGAUCACUUUAGCGUUAUUACAUUUACGUAGUGGUUUCAUUAACGCUAUCUAGACGCAACUUAAUGUGGCCGCUUCUAAGUUAAUGAUAUGUUUAAGAGUCCCAAUAAUUAGUAAUACAAAUGCAACAUAUCGUAGGAGCGGGUAGAUCGAGCCGAACGCUGGAGGGCGCACUUCGGAAAGUAACGUCGUUGACUAUUCUUAUAGUGUCAUGACAAUUUGUAAAGACGGUUUUGCAAAUGUUGACUUUUUAGCCAAAAUAUAGAUAAUGAAUGACGAACCAAUGCGCAGUAGCUUACUUGUAGAACGCAGCCUAGGUCUCAUUUUGGCGACUAACACCAAUAGAUACCUACUUUGUACUCGUAAGAUAUUUAUACAAUUGGUCUUAGCAGAGUGAAUAUCUGUCAAUUUAACUAAAAGAGUAUAAAUAUUGCGUUUUAUUCCCAGAGCAUUUAACUGUUGUUUUAACUGGCAUUAUUACUGCUUUUGUAAAUGAUUAUAAAUUUUAUAGAAGAGAUCUAUUUUUAUUGUGAAGUUGAGCUACCUUACUGUAUAAAAGAGAAGUUAUACAUAAUUAUUUUAAAUCCAAACUGUUAUUUUAAUACCCACAUAUUAUUAUACGUACGUAUAUUUACUGAUUUCUGGUACCUAACUAUUUUCACCAAAAGUGCUCAUCGCUGUCAAGAAAAUUAGAGAAAAAAUGCAUUAAAGAAUGAAGAAAACUG